AUGGAGGACGAUUCAGAAGCAAUAGAUAACUUGCGUGAGACCAUCAAGAUGAGUUUAAGUCCGUCGGCAAUGAUAAGUUACGAUUCCUUGGUUCAGGACUUUACGCUCGAUCGAAUCGGAGUGGCCGAAAUGACUACAUCGCUUACACGUUUGCUGGAGAAAGACGAGUUUCUUCAUCAGCGCUUCCUUGAAGCUACCAACGAACUUAAACAAGAACAAGAAGAUGCCAAUGGAGAGACCCAAGAUGUUAAAGUCGACGACGAGAGCGCGAAAGAAGAUCCUCAUGUUCAUGUUGAAUCAAAUCUUGAAGCCGAUCUUGAGAACCCUAAAGAAGAUGUAACUCUGGAGAUCACACCCAGCUACGAGCUCAUCCCCGCGGAAGAACGGUCUCUGGCCGUCGUCUCAGGAACGGUAUUGAACAACGAGUUUCGUCAGGUGAAAGUUGAAACACCACGACCUAAGAAACUAAUUGGCUACAAAAAAGAUGUGGCGGAUUACGAAGAUGUAAGGUAUCAGAACGAUAUGAUGAUAGAGUAUCUAACGAGUGCAGUGGAGCAUUGGGAGAAAGUCAUGAGGAAAGAGAUGAGAAUAGAAGAUGUUGAAGAAAAAUUCUACACUUGCAUCGAAGAGUUAGAUCGUGGAGGUAUGAUCAAGAAGCUGAAACAAAACUACCAAGAGGCUUUACCAGUGAUCUUAUAUCGACUGAAAGAGAAGCUGACUUACCAUAUACUUACUCGGGAAACAAAGAACUCUAGAUGGAAGCAAAUAGAAUCCACUGAAAAAGCUCGCCGCAGAAAGCAAAGGAGAUUAACAAUCUGA